AUGAAAAUAAAUAUGAAAUAUUCAUGUGUCGAAUUGAAUGAUUUACCAGAUGAAAUUCUAAUAAUUAUUUUUAAAAAACUUGACAAUCUUGAAAUACUUUAUUCUAUUCAAGAUGUCAAUGAACGAUUGAAUAAAAUAAUACAUGAUCCAAUAUUUACAAGUCAUUUAAGCUUUCUCAAGUGGUCAUUCAAUAAAUGUAUCAAUAAAUUUUCUUCUCAUAUAAUACUUAAUCGAUUUUGCUUUGAAAUUUUACCUAAAAUUCAUACAAAAAUCAAAUGGUUGGAUGUUGAAUCAUCAUCUAUAAAAAAUAUUUUAUAUGCUGCUGAUUAUCCUAAUUUAAAUACACUCGGUCUAUAUAAUAUAAAAGAAGAUAAAAUUAAAUAUCUUUUUACUGAUAAAAGACUUUCAUCUUUUAUUUUUAAAAAUCAAAUUACAAAACUUAUCAUUAAUAUUAAUCCAGAUAAAAAAAAAUGGUCGAGAAUGGAAAAUGUAUGUAAUACUAUUUUUACUAUAUUUCUUAAUUUAACUAAUUUAAUAUUUUAUGAUGCCUCAUAUGAAAAUCAUGUUCGAUUAUUAUUUAAUAUUCCAUCUCCUACUUUUUCUUCUUCAUCUCUUUUGAUAUUAAAAAUCAAGGUUCAAACUUUUCAUGAAUGUCUUUAUAUUCUUGAUGGUCGUUUCGAUCAACUUCAUACACUUUAUAUUGAAUUGGUUAAUAUUUUGCCUCCAUCAAAAGAAAUUGAAAAUCAAAGAAAAAUUCCAAAUCUAAAAUGUUUUGUUUUGUAUUGUAUUUUGGAAACAUGGUAUUACGAUCAAUUAAUUUUACCACUUCUUUAUCGAAUGCCAAAUUUAGAAAAACUUAGUUUAGAUCUCAGAGUCUUUGUUAAUGAAACAUUUAUUGAUGGAAACAAUUUGAAGAAAAAUAUUCUUAAUCGUAUGUCACAAUUAAAACAAUUUACAUUUAAUAUUAGUUCGACUAUUUUUAUUAAUACUGAAAUGAAUUUACCAUCGAAUGAAGACAUUCAACAAACAUUCAAUGAUUUUCAAUAUAGUAAAAUAAUAUGUUGUGUUGAUUAUUUUCAAGAGUAUAAACAGGUUCUAUGUCAUAUUUAUUCAUAUCCAUUUUUAAUGCAACAUUACGAAGAUGUAACAAAUAAUUUUCCAGGUGGAUUAUAUCCAUAUGUUCGUCUUAUAUCAUUAUAUGAUGAACGUCCUUUUGAACAUGAUUUUUUUAUUCGAAUAUCUCAAUCAUUUCCAUUUAUGGAAAAAUUAUCUAUCAAUAAUCUUCAUGCACAAAAACAAAAAGAAUCUUAUAAAUUAAUGAAUGAUAAAUCGAAUUUAUCAAUUAUUAAAUAUGAUCAUCUUAUUGAACUUCAAAUAGAUCGAGCUCAUGAUGAUUAUAUUGAAGAAUUUUUAUGUAAUACAAAAACCUAUUUACAAAAUAAUAUUUUUUUUGAUGUCCAUUAUGAAGCAUUAAAAAGAGUAACACAUAAUUUUACAAGAGAUGAUACACGAAUUAAUUCUACCAAAGUAAAUCAACUAUUUUUAUUUGGAAAAACCGAAUGUUCAAAAUCUUGUCAAGAUUAUUUUCCUUUUGCAGUAAUAAAUUGA